UCCUUCCAGCCCCAUCAGUACGGGUAGACGCGCCCCUGUCAUUACCGCCCUCAGCGCGUCGUGACUGCGCUGCACUCCGCUCUGUAACUCUGCACUGUAACUCUUGGUUGCUGGAGUUCCGAUGGAGCAUCGUAGGAUGAACAUUUCCCCGGACAUCAGGGUCCAGAGAGGCUACGUCCAGCCGCACAGCCGUCCCAGGAGCAGCCCGGACAACUUGUUCGGAGUGAGGGUCCAAAUCCAGGGGAUCAAAGGCUGUCCCUACGUGGUUAUGAACAGCAAUGACCAGGAGAGCCUCAGGGAUUCACCGGCUCCUCAAUCAGAACAGCAGGGCCAGAGGAGGGCAGGGUCUCUGGACCGGUUCUUAGAAGAAGUACCUGCUAGCCGAGGCCAGGUCACACACUCAGAGUCCAGGGACUCAGGACGAAUUGCAGCCUCCAACGCACUUCAUUAUCAGCGACACCCAGAGCUACUGCGACCUUACGACCCUGAGAGAAACAACCUCAACCUCCUCAUCGCCCCACAGCCCAUCGCAGACCCCCGGGCGUCUCCCUCUCCCCCGGGUCCCUUUCCCACUCAGGGCCCCCAGGCCGUCAGUCCCACUAAUAGAGCCCGGAUCCCGCUACCUGCCGGGGGUCCGGAUCAGGACCACGACGAGCAUCACUCUGGAGAACCCGCCUCUCCAGGUAAAGGGGUCCCUGCCAGGUCCCCAAACUCCCUGGAAACAGACACCAUCUCCUCGGUGGGCAAGCUGAUCGACCGCUUCAACAGCACCCAGCAGAAGAGGGGUCGCUUCGGCCCGCGGAGCAGGAUCAACCUGGAGGACCAGAGGAGGUCUCGCAGCGUGGACAGCAGGAAGAACUCAGACUCCUCCACCUCCUCCUCCUUCUCCUCCAGCAGAGCCUCCUCUCUGAAGGGCGCCCGGUCUGGGACCUUGACCGUGGACGGCGGUCGUCCCCCUGAGGAACCAGGCUCCAGGUCCCUCGGCGGAGGCUCGGGCACACCGCUGACUGGUCGCAGGCAGCAGAGCUCCUCCAGCACCCAGCUUUACCAGGAGCCCCCAGGGAGGGAGUCCUCCCCAACACCUCCCCAGACCGCCAAACCAGUGCUUAACGGACUGGGACGAGCUUCUGCACCCCGGUCCCAGGCACCCUCAAACUACGUGGAAGAAACCCAGGACAGAGAUGCACAGGUCACUCCUGAUCUUCUGAAAGGGCAGAAGGAGGUGUCCGCGGACUCAAAUGAAGACACAGCCAAACAGAUACUGUACUUCUAUCUCAAGGAUGGGACGACUGAUAAUGAGUCCACCACAGAGAAGAAGGUCCACCUGGUGCUGGAGAGGAUGAACAAGCUGAAGUGGAAGACAGCGGAAAUAGUGGAGAAGGAGGAGAGGGAUCAUACUUCUGGCUCUAAGGAUCUGCAGGAAAAACAGACUGCACUGGAAUAUGAGGUGGAUGACUUGAAGAAACAGCUCAAGGUGGAGAUUAAGAAUGAAAAGCUGUUAGCCAAGGCCUGUGAAAAGGCCAGGAAUGAUAAAAAGAGCAUGGCCGAAAUGUUGAACAAGGGUGAGUUUGAGCUGUCAAAGCUCCAGGACCGGCUGGCUGAAGUGGAGGCUGACCUUCAGUCCACCAUACAGGAGCUGGCCCAUCUGAAAGCAGAGCGAGAACGCUCCAAGACGGAGAUGAAGGACCUUCAGCACCAACUCUCUGAGAUGCACGACGAGCUGGACCAGGCCAAGAACACCGAGGACAUCAACGCAGACAAGGAAGUGCUUCUUAAAGAUAUGGCCCAGCUGCGGGACGGCUACCAGGAGCUCCUCACAGUUCAGGAGGAGCAGGAAGAGAUGCUCCAGCUCAGGGAGGUAGAGCUGGCGGGCCUGAAGGAGGCGCUGAAGGAGGAGGUGGAGAGCCACGAGAGAGGUGUGACCGAUCUGAAGGAAGAACACCUGCAGAAGGUUCAGAAGCUCCUCAGAGCGGUGGAUAAGGCCAAAGAGAGCAAUACUCUGCUUGGUCAAGACAAGGCCGAGGCGGAGAGAGACCGGGAAGCGUGCCAAAACAAGUUCAGAGCCAUGAGCCAAGAGAGGGGGCACCUGAAGGAGCAGGUGAGGCAGCUGGAGGGCAAGGUUGAGGAGCUUCACCACGCCAUCAGGGAGGCCAAGGGCCUGGAGAAACAGCUGGAGCAACGGGCCAACCAGCUGGAGAAAGAGAAGCAGCAGGUUGAACGCACUCUGAUGGAAGUGAGGCAGAAGGAGGAUCAGAUGUCUCAGUCCAACCAGGCCCUCAUCACUCGUCUGGAAGAUGUCCAGAUUGAGCUGACCAAACUGAACCAUGAGCAUCGAGAGCUGAAGGACAAGCUCAGGGAGGAGAAGAGCCAGGUGCUGGAGCUCUGGAGGACCCGCCAGGAGCUGGAGGAGGAGAGGAAGACCCAGGACCGCACGGUGGAGCAGAUGCAGAAGAAGAUGAGCAGCAUCAUGGGCGAGUGCGAGGUCUCCACGGAGAAACUCCAGCAGCAGGUCAACGAGGCGCGGGAGAGGAGCCAGAGGGAGCUCGCCGAGCUCAGGAGACAGCUGGAGGAGAAGGGAGCGGAGCUGGACAAGUGCAGACUCACUGCCAAGAAGCUACAGGAAGAGCUGCUGUCUCUGGAGAAGGACAUGCAGCAGAGUCGCCGGGAGCACCAGGAGGCCCAGGGGAGGAGCAGGCAGCUGGAGCAGAAGGUGGAGGAGCUGGAGAAGAGAGACCUGGCCACACUGGACAACCACCAGCAACAGGUCAAACUCAUGGAGAGACGGAUCGGCCAAUUGGAAGAGGAUCUGACUGAGGAGAGGAGCAGCGCAGACCGCCUCAUGGACCGAGUGGAAAAGAGCAAGGAACAGAUGGACCAGAUAAGAACAGAAGUCCAGCAGGAGCGAGCUGCAAGGCAGGACCUGGAGUGUGACAAGAUGGGCCUGGAGAGACAGAACAAGGACCUGAAGAGCAGAGUGGGCCACCUGGAGGGGGUGAGGGGGGUCAACCAGCAGGACUCAGUGGUCUCGAGACUCACCAGCCGCAUCCAGGACCUGGAGGACCGGCUGCAGGGGGAGAAGAGAGACAACAACACCCUGCAACAAGCAAACCGCAAACUGGAGCGCAAGAUUAGGGAGAUGAAGAUGCAGGUGGACGAAGAGAACGUCUCUCUGCAGAACCAGCGGGACCAGCUCACCCAGAGGCUGAAGACGUCCAAGAGGCAGAUGGACGAGGCGGAGGAGGAGAUCGAGCGGCUGGAGAACGCCAAGAAGAAGCUGCAGAGGGACCUGGAUGAGCAGCUGGAGGCCAACGAGCAGCUCCACGGGCACCUGGGCACGCUGAGGCAGAAGAAGAUAUCAUCUCAGCUGUCGGUGGUUGACGAUGACGGAGACGACCUGGAUGACUUGGUGUCUGACUGAGAUCUGGACAGAAAUCAGGACUACUAAGAGGCACUUGACUGACAUGAUCUUAACCGUUAUGCGUAAUAAUGUUCCCUUAACUCGUGAGUGACUUUAACUUUGGAGGCAGUAUCUCCCCAACACUGGCCCCUAGUGGCCGCGUCUUUAACCACGGCCUUCCAGUGCAGUACAGACUCACUGGUCUGGACCAACAGUGACACAAGCUGCAAAGCUGUAGCUAUGCCUUUUCUCUCAUGUACUUUGAACGUUUUAUAUGUAUACACUAAAUUAUUAUAUUAAUGUCUGAGGUAAAAUGGUACAUGUUGCAAAUAAAAGUAUUCAACUAAAAUAUCCUA